GUGAGAAGAGAUCAUGUUGCUCCCAUCUACGUCAUCAACCUUCUCAUUACUGACGUCCUUCAGUUCUGCUGCAUGAUCGUUCGGGUGGCACCAAAUGGGAAGAUAACUGAAAUCUUCUAUAGUAUUUACCUCUCUGCUCUGUUUGCCAGUGUUUUCUUCAUGGUCUGCAUCUCCCUGGAAAGGUAUUUGGUCAUCGCCCACCCACUGUGGUACCGCUUCAGACGAACCAUCAAGACCUCUGUGGUGCUCUGUGUCCUGGUCUGGGUCCUUUCUGCUGUCUGUGGCGUCAUUAUAUUUUUCUCAGAAGAUCUCAACAGAUAUUUAGAUAUCCUCUAUGCCAUCCUCUUCCUCCUUCCCUUCCCACUGUUAAUAUUCUCCCUGGUUGGGACCCUCAAAGCCCUGUCUGCUUCCAUCUCGGUCCCCUCUGAUGAAAAACGACGAAUUGUGGGGAUUUUGGUUCUGGUGCUGCUUAUUUACAGUCUGCUGUUCCUGCCCAGCAUCAUUUAUUACCUGGUAUUGCUGUACAUAUACUAUGACAAGACUGUCUUUAUCCUGUCAUUCACCAUCCUUAGGCUGAGUCCUCUUGCAGACACGUUCCUGUAUGUGUUCAUGAGGAAAGGGUUCAUAGACAAGCUUUUGGCCUCUGUGUGUUGCUGCAGAAUGGACAGCAAUGAUAUCAGCAGUCAAUCAGUAUGAAUGAUGACAACUUUCUUGUGGGGUCCCCCAAGGGUCCAUCUUGGGCCCCAUGCUUUUUUCACUGUGUAUACUGCCAUUGGGGUCCAUUUUCAAAAAACACAUAUCCUUUCAUUGCUUUGCAGAUGACAUGCAAAUCUAUUUACCUGUAAAAUCUAAUGACAAAGCUGCAACUCAGUCCUUGCUCAACUGCCUGAGAGAUCUUAAAAUAUGGUUGAAUCAGAACUUUCUCUGUGAAUGAAAGUUAGACUGAGGUCGUUGUGUUCAGUCGACCUGGGGUGUUUAAGUGCUUGUGUAGAUGUUCUUGGUACUUUAGGAACAUAUAGUCAUCAAUUUACCAAGUAUCUAAGUGUGAUAUUCGACAGUGCUUUUAAAUUUGAAAAACAGAUUCGUUCUGUAUUAAAAUCCAGUUUCUUUCAGCUGAGACUGUUGGCCAAAGUCAAGCCCUACCUGCCACGCAAAGACUUUGAAAGAUUAAUACAUGCAUUUAUAACGUCUCUUCUAGAAUACUGUAACUCGUAUAUGUUGGAGUGGAUCAGUCAUCUCUCCAUCGGUUACAGUUAGUCAAGAAUGCAGCAGCCCGACUUCUAACAGGAACUAAAAAGCAUGAGCACAUUACCCCUGUUUUAGCCUCGCUCCACUGGCUUCCUGUCCGCUUUAGGAUUGAUUUAUAUUUUAUUGCUUGUUUUUAAAAUUUUAAAUGGGUUGGCACCUUAUUUAUCAGAACUUUUACAUGUACACACUCCGGUCAAAGCACUGAGGUCAUCCAAUCAGAUGCUCCUCAAUGUCCCCAGAUCCAGGUUAAAAACUAAAGGUGACAGUAGCUGCUCCUAAUCUUUGGAAUACUUUACCUUUUCAAAUAAGAAUUGCCCCGACUCUUUAUUCAUUGGCCUUCAAACAGAGUUGAGUAGUGACAUUUAUUUUAUGUUUUACUUUUUCUACUGUUGUCAUGUCUAUUUGUUGUCUAUUGUGGAAAGCACUCUGGUCAACUAGUGUUGUUUUUAAAUGUGCUAUAUAAAUAAACUUGAACUAGUAAGUGCUUUUUAACUACCUGAAUUAAUCAUGAAAUACUGUAGAUAUAGAAAUACUGAAGAUCUGUUAAUUUGUAAUUGGUAAUGAGGUAUAGACAGUCCUCACUUUAGAUGAGCCUACGCAAAAUACUUUACUAACAAUUAGUAACUACCAGAAUUGAUCAUGAAUUGCAGUAUUAGUGUCAUAAAAAUCUUUUUCAGUCAUGGAACGUCACAUUCAGCUGGAGUUAUGUUUUUAUUAAAUAGAUUCCCUGUGAGGAUUACUGACCACAAAGGUGACUCCAAUGGUUACUGGCUAAUGGUCACAGCAGAAAUUAAUGGAAUAAACUAGAUUUUAGUAUGUAUGUAUAUGGAUACAACAGGAGAUCAGAGAAAAAUCUCUUCUCUGUCUUAGGCAAAAGCUUAGAGGAAAAUGGAAAAUGCUUUAUUUAACAGAUAAUAAUUGGGGGGAAUUUUAAUCUCUGCCCCGAUCUUUGGUUAGAACAGCUACCAUCAAGGAGACAAUGCCACACAUUUGAAGAAACAAGAAUCACUGUUUAAUAUUGAUAGAGAAGGGCAUCGUGUUUGUGAAUGAUAUAUUAGAUGAUAAUGGUAACUUCUGAGAACAUGCUGAUUUCUUGUACUCAGAGAGAAUAUGAUAAAAAUGUAAAGCAACACCACAGCCAUUACUACAGCUAAUCCAAA